AUGGUGCUCAUUUGUGGUUUUGCGAGAGUUCUCUCUCCCUUCGCUAAGUUAGCCUUUUCCACAGCUGUAACAGACCAAAAUGGCGCGAAUGGUUCAGGAACCUCAAGUCGCGGAGCAAUAGGCCUAAGUGGAGAAAGUUCUGAUUUGCACAAAGUCAAAAGAGGAAGGAUCAUAAAGCGUCGGCGACCUGGAGGCCAGAAGACCAGCCGAUGGAGCAUCCCAUUCCUCGGCAACCUCUUCACUCGAAGUCAACGCAGCACAGAUAAAGUACAUGUUGAUAGUGACACUAAUCCUACCGACCAAAUAUCAGACGCCUCUCUAGACUUUGAGGAGAACAUACGGACUAACUCGCACCCUCACAAAAAGUCAAAGCAAAGGGGUCACAAACUUGAGUCCAGAAAACAUGACUUUAAAGAUUGGUCAAGUGAAGAAAUCUGGCUUUACACAAAGCUCGACAGUCGUGGAUCCACCACGGAAUUCCAGACCCUUGUGGAUAACGGACCACGCUGUCGAGACGCGCUCAAUCAAAGACAACGGCCCGAAUCAUCGCUAAAUAGAGGUAUCGAAAGGUACCAAAGAUGGUCUAUACGCGAUGCAAAGCUGAAGCACAAAAUCUAUCCCAAUCUAAUUGUCAUCGUAGCUGCUAAGGCUGGCGAAGCCAUCGCAAGUACUGUCAGAAGAACCACUAAUAAGCUGAAAAUACUGCAUGAUCAAUGGCAAGAUGCGUUCAGCAACGGCAAGAACGAGAGUAAUCGCACAUUGCAGGUUUCUUCAAAUUCAACUCCAACGCUGUACGCCAUGAUCAUUAAAUUUAGCGUCGUAUCAAUUGUUACGUUUGAUCCGAGCCAGCCUGCAAGACCGAUCAAGAUAAUCGCCAACCUGAACCAUACCCUAGACGGACGUGACGUUUGGCAUGCAUACGCCAUUAGCAUUGUGUGCGUUCGAGCAAGGAAUUACUUGAUGGGGCUGGAAGAAUCAGGGUGCUUUGCUGACAAGGUCCAAGAAGACAAUGAUCCAGAUGCUUGA